GUUAUUUGUAUACGUUAGCAACUUGUGAGAAAGAGUAUCUAUCAUCACUAUAGAUGGUUCGAACAGGUGUCGGUAGUAUAAACAAGAUCACGAGAAAGCUGUGUGUACAUUUUUUCAGUCGGAAAUAAAACGCAGCGUUCUAGAAUGUAGAGAAGAAAAAAGUUAGAAUCCUAGACAACGUAUUUGCUGUGAAAUCGCGACGAUACAUUGUCGAUAGAUCUAAACAAGGUGGUGGUGAUUGUGUUGAUGUGAGAUCGCGUGGAACCCAGUCGUAAUUUCUCAUUUGCGGCAUUCAGGCCGUCAUGAAUACUGAUCUGAAACAUAUAACCUUAGAGAAAUACCCGUGAGUCACCCCGUUUGGUUAAGGAUAGUAUCCUAGUAUUCUGUGUCGAACAACUGGGUACAUUGCCUGGCUAUGGCCAGGAGACUUAAUCGAUAAAACUAAAUCCAGUUUUAUUGUGUCAGGAGUGCGCUACACAUUUGAUUGAGAGGAAUGUUGCCUGUAAUGUUUUAUGAGGUCAUCAAGAAGUUUUACCCAAGACGUUGAGGAGGCUUUUGAAAAUAGGAACAUUAAUCAUUUAUUAAGUUUAACAGCAAGUCUGUGUACUUGUGUGAGCCUGAUCAGACUUACGGGUGUAGACUGGGAAGUGUCAGCUGUAAAUUAUGUAGAGACUGCAGUAAGGAUACUGAUUGAACUUUAACAGCGUAAUCAUUUGGGUCACAAUGCCCGUGAAACAGCAGGAUAGAGCGGACAUGUUUAAGGGACCACAAGAACUACAUAAACUGGAUCUCAGGCAGUUUGGAGGUCACAAGGAUGAGGUGAACUGUGUGGCAUUUUCCAGUGAUUUCCAGAUUUUGAUAACUGGUUCUGAUGAUGAGAGAAUUCGAAUCUUCAAUGCCAGAACUGGAGAGUUUGUUUGUAAAGUGAAAGGUCAUACAGGAGCAAUAAAGAGUGUGGCCAUAACUGGUGACUGUCGCCACUUUGCGAGCGGAUCAUAUGACAAGACUGCGCGGGUGUGGCGUAUGCGAGAUGCUUCACUGAGACAUCUCUUACAAGGUCACACCAAAAGUGUGGAGGUAGUCGUUUUCUCACCAGAUGGCGCUCUGCUGUGCUCAGGAUCAUGGGAUAGGUCAGCCAUCUUGUGGGACGUUGAGUCUGGUGGUGGAGUGAGGAUGUUCAUGGGACAUGAGAACCUGGUACAGUCCAUCGCUUUCUCCCCCAAUGGCAAAUGGAUUGCAACUGGCUCUUGGGACUUGACUAUUAGAGUAUGGGAUCUACCCAAACCAACUGUAUCUACAACAUCCUCAGCUACAGCAUCAACAUCAGCAUCAACAUCAGCAGAUGGAGCAUCCACUCAGACAUCAACGUUGUCACCCAACCCUGCUCCUUCCUCUUCACAAAGCCCCACCCCAUCCACCAGCCAGGGGGCGAGGGAAGCCAACAGAGAGGGGGUGAAGGUGCUCUCAGGACACAAGGGAAACAUCCACGCUGUCGCCUUCUCCAAGGACGGAAUGCUGGUCAGUGGGUCAUGGGACAAGACGGUGAGGAUGUGGAACCCACGGACUGGGCGUAUCCUCCAUGUGUGUGAGGGUCACGAGGGAUGGGUCCAAGCUCUGGCCUUCUCCCCUGAUGGGACAUAUCUGGCCAGUGCUAGUGAUGAUGACAGCGUGCGUGUGUGGGACGUCAUCACUGGCAAGUGUGUCAAAGUGCUGGAGGGGGAGACUGAUCAGGCUCAUCACUGUGCGUUCACGGCUGGAGGUGCACUUGUUGCUUGUGGUGCAGCUGUAACCACGCUGGCAAUACACGAGAUGCCCUCGUCUCAGGUAGCAGAAAAGAUGAUUUGCCUACCGAAAUCAGGCACUCCUGGAAGUCCCGGUAUGGAUGAGGAAUUGUGACUCUUUGAUUCGGUACCACACUGUGCUACAAUCUAUGAUUUCAUUGAAUAAUGUUUGUUAGUUUGCUAAUGUAUACCAAACACUGCUUCCUAUUAACUAGUCAUUCCCGUCCUGCCUGCAUUUUCAAUGGUGUUAGAGCGGAUGUCUGUGGGUAACACAGUUCAUCAGUUCAUCAAUGCAGCGAACAGGAAUCUAUUACAUGUUGUAUUUUUUAUGGUUUUGCAAUUUUGAGCAAAUAAAGAUUGAAAUGAGUCAUGAACUUUGAAGGUUUUUAACAUGAUGAAGAGUGGUGAACUUAGUGUUGAGACAUAUAUAUUAUUUUGCAUGUGUGGCUUUAUUGUUAAAUGAUAUCAUUGAGUGACCUGCCAAAUAUAUGUUCUCAUGCCUGUUGUAUAUUGUUCUGACAAGAAAUGCCAAAUGUU